UGGGUGCGUUCAGAUGCAGAUGUUUCACUGAAUGCGACCAAUUGAUGUUUGACAUGUGUUUUGUGAAUUUGUUAGGUUAUAAACAAUAAUAAUGAGUUUAUCAGGAGUUUGUUUAAUAAAACCAGAAUACAUAAUCGAAGAACAUCAACCUAAAGUAGCCCCCGACUGUGCACCAGCCAAAGACAAAGAGGAAAUCCACAGUAAAAAUGAGGGAGAUACUGUUGAGCCUGACGCAAAGAAACCUCGUUUGUCAAAGAAAGAGAAGCGAAAAUUACACGGGCAGAAUAAAUCUCGACCCGUUUUCAAGCAAAACAAAGAGAAAGAGUUAUGCAAUUCAUUAAUUAACACUGCCGUAGGAAAGGAGCUACCAACGUGCAAUAAGCAAAAAUGUUUUUUUAUGCACGACAUCCAGGAAUAUCUAAAUUCGAAGCCUGUCGAUAUCGGUGACCAGUGUUAUAACUUUAAUACGGCCGGAUUUUGUGUGAGGGGGCUAACUUGUAGAUUCGGUAAAGAGCAUGUAACAUCAGAUGGCUUCAAUAUUGUCAACGAAGAGAAGCAAAAAGAGCAUCUUCAAAUACCUGAACGUACAGUUAAUCAGUUAUCUCACGAUCUACAAAAUUUGCUAAAGAAACGGAAUUAUGAUUUUAAAUUUGCUGAGAAGAUUGUUCGAUAUAAUGAUUUGCAGAAAAAGAACAGCACCAACUCCGGUUCCAUUACCGACGAAGACAUCAUAAAAACACUGAGUCGAGAAAAAAAAUCCCUAGACUGGAAGGAUAAGCUCUUAUUGAGCCCCUUAACGACCGUAGGCAAUCUACCCUUCAGACGUAUUUGUAAGGAGUACGGUGCCGACAUUACCUGUGGCGAAAUGGCAAUGUGCUCGUCUCUUCUGCAGGGUUUGCCACAGGAGUGGGCGUUAGUUAAAAGGCAUCACACAGAGAAGGUGUUCGGAGUUCAGCUUUGUGCCAACAAUCCACAUUUGUUAACGAAAUGUGGGCAAAUGUUAGAGAAGGAGACAGAAAUCGACUUUAUCGAUUUGAAUUUGGGCUGUCCAAUCGAGUUGGUGUAUAGAGAAGGGGGUGGGUGCGGUUUAUUGCGAAGGCCGCGAGUUCUUGAGGCGUGUGUACGGUCUUUGAGUCAAGUGCUUAGUAUACCUUUAACUGUUAAAACGCGCACAGGUGUGUAUAGUACUGAGAGUAUCGCGCAUGAUUUGAUUCCCAAAUUUGGUGAGUGGGGUGCGAGUAUGGUAACGAUCCAUGGUAGAUCCAGAGAGCAACGUUACACGAAGUUGGCCGACUGGCAGUACAUCGGGCGCUGCGCCCAGGCUGCUGUGCCUCUGCCGGUUGUCGGAAAUGGAGAUAUACUCAGCUAUGAAGAUUACAAGACUGCACGGGAGAGUUGUCCCGAAUUAACAGGAGUGAUGAUCGGAAGAGGUGCCCUAAUAAAACCUUGGAUAUUUACAGAGAUCAAAGAGCAAAAGCUAUGGGAUAUUUCCAGCGCAGAAAGGUUCGAUAUCAUAAAAAAAUAUGUUAACUACGGCUUGGAGCAUUGGGGUUCGGAUACGAAAGGAGUAGAGAAUACGAGACGUUUUCUUUUAGAGUGGUUAUCCUUUUUGUAUAGGUAUAUACCGGUUGCUUUACUGGAAAGGCCGCCUCAAAAAAUUAAUGAGAGGCCGCCACGUUUCCAUGGGCGCGACGAUUUGGAAACGUUAAUGGCGUCGUCUGCCGCAUCCGAUUGGAUCAAAAUAAGUGAAAUGUUGUUAGGAAAAGUUCCCGAAGGCUUUCAGUUUUUACCAAAACAUAAAAGUAACUCGUAUACUUGAGUACAAGUGUAAAAACAAUUAAAUAAAUUCUAUUGACAAUAA